AUGCACUAAAUGCUAUAAUAAUCUAUUCAUCAACAAAAAAUAGUCGAACUUACGAAUUAAGGUUUGUAUGUUUAAUUGGAGGAGUACAUCAGAACGAAUCAAAUAACACAACAAAGUUACUCGUAAGCCUUCUUGGAGUGCAUACAGUAUACGAGGGAUAGUGAGGAUCACUUCCAAUGCAUCCAACAAAUUCUAAAACAAUCUAUUGAUUUUAAUUAUAAAGACAAUUAGGGCAACACGGCAAUAGUUUAUGCAGCGAGAACAGCCAAGAUUAGUAUUCUGAAUGAAUUAAUCAAAUAUAAAGAGAAAAUAGAAACUAAAUAAAUUAAGCUCGCACUUGACAUUGCAAUCCAAUCCGAAUAGGAUAAUUGGGAUAUUGUUGAAACUCUCUUAUAAAUUACAUCUCUCGAUAAACCAUAACAUUUAAUUAAAUCCCUACACAAGGGCAAUUACAAGACAGCUGCAAAAAUAAUUGAGAAAUAUGGAGCAUCUGGUUAAGAUGAAAGUGGUGACACCGCCUUACAUGUGGCAUCUCGCAAAGGAGAAUUAAAUAUCAUCAAAUAGAUCUGUCAAAAGGAAUACCUAUUUCAAAAGAAAAAUAAAUAGAAUCAAAUUCCUCUGGAUAAUUGUUAAUUUUGGAAGAGACUCAAUUUACAAAAUCUCCCAAUCGAAAAAAGAAGCAAGAGGAAAUUUCAAGAGAAUACUCAGAAAACAGGAAAAUAGGAAGAACAGCCUGAUAUUCUACCAAAGGUGGUUAAAAUCAUUUAAUAGAGAGAAUAAGAGACUUAGACUGAUGUGAAGGAAAAAAAGGAAUUGGAAGUGUAGUGUCCAGAACCUACAUGCAUAAAUUAACCCUUCUAUAAUCAAUUGAUUUCUGAGUCCCAAUUCACAUUACCGCAACACAAAAUAAGUUUGGAUGAUAUAGUUAAGCAACUUACCUUUGAAAUCAACACGUUUACUCAAGAGCUCAGUAAAUACUUGGAUGAACAGAAACCAAUCAUUGAUAAGGUAGUCUAAUUGGUGGAUGAGACUGUUCAAAAUGUGCAACCCAAAUCUCGUGCUUUUCUCUAUGGAUCUUGUUAAACCGGACUGAAUCUGCUGGAUUCGGAUAUCGAUAUAAAGAGAUCAUCUUGUUGUUCAAAUUAGCAGAUCAAUUCAAAGACAAGCUUUAUCAAGGAUGUCAAAGUAAUUGAUAAUGCGAAGAAACCUGUGUUGAAGAUGCAAUGUUCAAAGGAGUUUUAAGAGAAACUAAUUGAUAUCACGAUUAGUAGGAAUGAUCAUUUCGGGAGGAAGACUGCCAAUUCCAUGAUGGAGUUCUAGAAAGAGUUUAAAUAGUUCAAGAGUUUGGCUUUGAUGUUGAAGUUCUACUUCAAGUCAAUAAAUUUGUUGAAUGCGUAUCAAGGUGGUCUGAAUAGUUAUUGUGUAUUGACUAUGAUUCUGGCUCUGUUGUAGAUCAAAAGAAUCAGAGACAACGAGAAUGAGGAGAUCGGCAAAACCUUUUUGGACUUCUUUGAUCUCUUCAGUCAAGACAUAGACUUUUACAACAAAAUAAUCAACAUAGUGCCUUCCUCAUCUGAGAAUAUGCAAAUUGAUGAACCGAAUAUUUAUUAAUAGCAAUAUUUUUAAUUUGAUCAAGGAUAUUAAGAAUUGAUUAUUUUGGAUCUCCACAAUAAAAGCAACAACAUCGCCAGUAGCACUUUCAAGAUUAAGAAUAUUAAGAAUGCUCUUAGUUUUGGAUAUAGUGCAAUCCUGAAUGCCAAGAAGUGUGAGCAACCUUGUUUCUUCUCCAGAUAUAACAAACCCGUUUGUUGCAUAUUGAAACAAAUGAUUUAGCAAUCAAAAAACAAUCAUUUGAAUAGCCACUUCAAAAGUAAGUAACCCUUUUAUCUGUUUAAUUAUAAUAAUACUUAUUGA